UCUGCUUAGUUUGUGGGGCUCUGUAUGCAGAGAGGGGAUGCAGCAGCAAGCAGUGACUCUCACCCCUCCGCUCUCCAUCUAUCUGCCCCCUUCCUCCCAUCUGCCUCCCCUCUACCCAGCCUUUCCAUUAACUUGCCACGCUCCCACGACUCCUCACCUCCCUCUCUCUCCCUCUCCUCCCUCUCCUCCCUCUCUUUUGUAGCAGUUCCUCAGCGCAGACCGGGAGCUGUCCUACCUUCAGCAGCCGUGCAGGAUGUAAGAGAAGCAGUAGGAUCUUCAGGAUGAUAGCAGGGUGUGUGGGUGUGUCUGAGGACGGCAGCAGCAGCAGCAGCAGCAGCAGCAGCAGACAACACGAGUCAUGGAGGUGGAGGGCACAGCAGAGCCAGCCUUUGUGGACGUGGACCAGGGCCUGACUCUGGCCUGCAUCGCCUUCCUCUGCCUCCUGCUGGUGGCCAUGAUCAUCCGCUGCGCCAAGGUGAUCAUGGACCCCUACAGCGCAAUCCCCACCUCCACAUGGGAGGAGCAGCACCUGGACGACUGACAUACCCAAACAUAACACAUGCAUAUCAUGUAAAUGUGUACUCCUCAAGGCAACCAUACAUAACAACACCGCCAAAGUCUCGACCCAGAAAGAGGAUGGUUCUCCGCCGGUUCUGUAGUGAGGCAGUGAUGCUGUUUGAAACCGUAAUGACUCCACAAUCUAUUUUAUUUCCAAAGCUAAAAAAGACAAGCAAGCAAACAACCUGGUAAAUCAAAACACAAUGCACAAAUAUUAUACAAAUAUUUGUAUAUUGUAUAUACAAAUAUUUGAUUAUGAAAGUACCACUUUGGAGCAUUUCUAUCAUUCAGAAAUGAUGAAGAAGCACGUAAGAGUGCGUGUCUUCUCCUGGUACAGAACUUCUUUUGUUUGAAUACACAUUAUUAAAUGGCUCUGCUAUGCCAUGCUACCAUUUCUGAUACUUUCUGAAAUAAUUUCCCAGUCUUUCACUCUUGAUCGAACCAAGAGCAUUCUGCGGUGGUAAAGGUAGAGUAAAAACCCUCUCUGGUACUUUUUUGUUAGGAGUAGAAGCCUGAACACGGAGCUGCGGAUGCUAUCUGCUGACUAAGCCAUUGACGGAGUGACGCUAUUACAACUUCAGAGUAAAGCACAUAAACUUGGCUUUUUGUAUCUACCUAGAGAUGUCUUCAGGAGCCCAGGGGCUGCCUUACAUUCCUAUCGGACUGACAAAAACACAAUCAAGUGAUGGCAGGUGGACGCCAGCCUUUGACUGACCGCACUUUCCCUUUAUAUCUGUAGACUGCAGAGAAAUAAAUAGCAGAGGAUGAACGUGAAGAACAGAAGUUCUGGGGCAAUAGAAUCAGGAUUUGCUUUUAUAACUUGCACAAGACUGUAAAAUGGAACAAAAAGCAUCCAUGUUCCAUAUGGACACAGCUUAUCAUGAUAAAAUUCAAUUGUUGGCAUUAGUUAUUAAUCUAACUUAAAGCUUAAUUCCAGUUCGUUACAACUUAUAUCAUUGUAGUUUUGUCAUUCUGCUCGGUGAUGUUAGAAUAAUCACCCAGUCAGUUGCUGAGAUGUGAGAACAUAGAAAAUCACAGAGAUGAACUGAAUUAUCACCCAAACUGUCUGUAACUGUCAGCAAGUGUAAACAUCCAUUGAAGUUUCCUGAUUCAACUUUGACCUACACCACUGUACUCUCCUUAGAGGUUUAGAUAAUAUGGCUAAACAUCCAAAACUGAUUAACUCAAUUAAAACCUGGAUGAUCAUAUUUGUCAUGUUAUCGUCAAAUUCCACUUUGUUGUGUCGUGUUCUCAGAUCUCAGCUACUGUUAUAAUUACAGAUGGAAAUUAUGGCCAAAACAAUAAAAGUAAGACCCAUGUUGUGAUAAACCAGAAUCAUCCUGUGAUGGAAAAUUACAUAAGCUUCUCUUUGAUGAAGCAAUGUGUUGACAAUAUACCGUGUACAUUAGCAAUGUAUAUGGUACGUUGUGUAAGAAAUAAGCAUAGUGGCAUGUUGUGGAUGAGUAGGUAAGGGAUGGUGUACAGUUGUAUUGUAUGAUGACGCAUUAGCAUGAGCCUCUGGGUACUCCACCGUUUUCAAGGAAACAAUCACAGUCACAAUCAUCACAUCAUGGUUGAAUUGAGAAAAAAAGGUCGACCACAACUUGAUGAUUUCCAUGAGACAUGACAAGUUUAAAGGGACACUCCACUGAAUUUCAUGUCAAACCUGCGGCGCAGUCUUUCCAAGCUCGUUGUCGUUACACUAGGUUCUGCAAUGUCUGAUUGAAGAUGAGGGAUUUUUUCUUCUUCUGAAAAAAGUGAAACGUGUUCCUGGGGUAUACUAUAAAUAUAAGAUCAUUUCCUAUUAACAGUUGAAACCUUCAGGAUCUUGCACAUUGAAAAAUUGCAGCUGCUGUCAACAGGUACAGAGUGUGUAACCAGGGGGAACGGAAAUACUCCCGGUGGGCCAGGCCGUUGGACUGCAGGAGUUGGUGACAGGGUCAGUAAACACAAAGAUUUUAUAAAUAAAUCACAUAAACUGUCGCGUUAUGUUCUUUAAAUGAACUUUAACAACUACUGCAAUUACGUUUCAUUAAUAUUACAAUUACUCUUCUCAGCUUCACAGGUUUUGGCUGUAGUAAUCGCCUCAAUGAGGAAAAACACAAAAAAGCUAGAGAUUGUCUCGCGAUAGAAUCACUCCAUCCUUGUCAACACAUUCCCACCCAGGCCUUCUGUCAGGGGGGUCAAAGGGUACAGAUGACCCCGGCACAAAGCCCAUAGGGGUCCCAUGCAAAGGUCAUGCAAAGCUCUGUGUUUGAGGCAGCCAGCACUGAACUGCUGCUGACUCACUUUACAUGGAUAACUACAUAAAAAAAAAAAAGAACUGUGGAUUAAAAGCUCAGAAAAAAGAUGUUAAAAUCCAGAAAAAUCCAAAUGCUUCGAAUAGUUGUGCACCUAGCAGCAGCAGAGAAUAAGCCAGCUGGGCCUCAUGUCAGUUCAUGUCCAGGUACACAAAAUGUAAUCUGUUGUUUCAUUUUCUUCAUGACAGUCAGCACAAGUUUUUUUCAUGACACUAAAACACUGAUUACAUAGCGUGCACAAAGUUUUGCACAUGCAACAUAUAGGCCUACUUAAUUUAAAAAAAAUCGUUUUAAGAUUUUUUAAUUCAUCGGAUAAAAAGUAACAGCGCAUUAACAUUUGAAAAGAUGCAAGAUAAUGUCUGUUUGCUGCAGGGGUUGUAUUUACACUUCACUUCCAAUCAACAAAAAAUGGAAUUUGCUCAGGGGUGGCCAAACAUCCGCAUACAACUGUACACUGUUGUCAGUUUAUUAGGACCACCUAGCUAAAACUAACACAGUAUAAUACAAUAAUCCUAAUGUUCGAAACAAAUUGCAGCCACCGAAAUGCAGAAACUGACACUGAACAUUACAACACAACCUUCAUGAAGGUAAGGUUUAUUACAGGACGGCUGUAUUAGCUUUAGCCAGGUGUCGCUAUUAAACUGACAACUGAGGGUAGAUGUUAAAGAUAGCUUAAAAUUGAAACAUAACAUAAACAAUAUUACAUUUUUAAAAUAAAUACGUUCCCUAUGUAGACAAAUUGAAUGUACCACAUACUGUUUCAAUGUGAACCUGAAAGUUGUAGUCUCAUUUCAGCCCUCUCUAAUGUCUUCUGUGGCUUUGAAGAGGAAGAUGCUAGUUGCAUUAUGGGAAGUGUAGGGUUAGGGAUCCUGGGUUUUUGCAGCUUCACCUACACAAGGGUGUAAAAGCGACAACAUGAGCAUCUGCUGCUUCAGUCUUGCAAGUUGCACAUGCAUCAAAUCACUGGAAUGUCCCUUUAAAUCAAACAAGAUGUCAAUAAACUGUAGAGAGGCCUUUGUCUAUUGAUUUUAUUGUAAGCCACACUAGCAGAUUUUGUAUGUUUUAUAAAGAAUUGUUACUUUCUUACAGGAUUGAUUGACUUGUAUUUGUUUGCGAUUCAGAGUAUACAGUAUCUACUGAGCAUUAAUGCUCAGACAAACUACAGCCAUUCAGCCCUCACAGUAGCAGUCAUGCUUGAUGUGUUAAUGCCACAGCAUGUCCUCUGCUGUUGCUGUACAAAACGCACACACACACACACACACACACACACACACACACACACACACACAUAAACACAUAGACAAAACUGCAAAAACAGGCACCUCGUGGCAGUAUGAACUAUUACAACCAGACACCGCUGCUUCUGUUCGUAAAUCUACCUUGUUUGCUUUGCCUGUCUCAGCCAUUAGUUCACAACCAGCUGAGUUGUUCUUGUUGCAUUUAAUUGAAUCUGUCCUUGACUUAUGAUCUGCACAGAAAGCAUAAGUCAUCUAUGAAAUGACUGUCAGCUGCAUGAUAUGAAGUGCCUAUGCUUACACUACACUACACCACACAUAAGAGCCAUUUAGCACAAUGCUGAGUCCCACAUCAGCUCCAUGGUCCCUUUAUCUGAGAUUCCUUGGAUAAAAUUACCAUUUAUUUGGAUGAGGGGGGAAAAAAGUCACGUUAUGCUUCUUUUAAAGGCAUCAGGGUUAAGUAGCUGUGAUCCAGUGACCUCAGAUAUCCAGCAAAUCAGAGAAGUUGGUGGCAGGGGUCAGUGUGGAAGUCAGCAGUUUACUGACAUGCUGAAGUGGAUGUGAUGAAAUGACCUCCUGUUUAAUAUGCUGUAUAACAAUGAGGCGAAGCAGCACCACAGAGUGAAGAAGAACGAGGAGUAUUGUCCACUGUACAGGGCUGUAUCACGUUCUGUCUUCUUACACAGCUCUUUUCUCCACUAUUUUUAUGCUGCAGUUCUGUUUUUGGUGGAGUAGCUUGAAUCUCUAAAGCCUGAAACUCAGUAUGAAUGUACAUGAAUGCCCAUAUAUUACAAUUAAUAUGUAAUGUUGCGUUUCCUCUGUUGACUUUGUCUUUAUAUAUAUAUAUCUAUAUAUAUCUAUAUAUAUAGAUAUAUAUAUAGAUAUAUAUAUAUAGCAAAACAAGUGUACUACUACUUCUAUAUGUUUUUAAACACAGAGAAUGAGACAGUUGUCCUUGUCUGCUGAAUGUCAGCUGAUUAAACCUGCGAUGAGUCAC